CACUUUCAGUUGAGAGUUGGUCUUUGGUCGUUGCGUUACUAGUUCGUUAGACGCGUUGUGCAGUUGUGCUUGUGGUUGUUGUGAAUGAGGCGGUGUUCUCGUGACAUCGUUUUAGUGUUUGUCUUCAAAUUUACUAAUUAAAUAUAGGCUACAAUGUCGUCGAAAACUACGACAAAGAGGACAACUGUCACGUCCUCUUCUACAUCAGUGGGAGCGUCUACUUCUCAAGGGAGACCUUCCAGCCCUCUCAGCCCUACGCGGAUAAGCCGGCUCCAAGAGAAAAAUGACUUGAGUAAUUUAAACGAUCGAUUGGCGGUUUAUAUCGAUAAAGUCAGGCAUCUUGAAUCUGAAAAUGGACGUUUGACUAGAGAAGUUCGCUCCUAUGAAGAAACAAAAACCCGGGAAAUCACCAACGUCAAGUCUAUGUAUGAAGGAGAACUUUCAGAUGCUAGAAAACUGCUGGAUGAACUUUCACGUGAAAAGGCUAAAUUGGAGCUUGAUUUACGUAGAAUGUUUGCUGAAAAUGAAGACCUGAAAAAUAAGAUGGACAAGAAGACUCAAGAUUACAUUCUGGCAGAGGCCACCAUCUCUGGCUUGGAGUCUCGGCUCAAUGAUCUGCAGAAGAACUACAACCAGUCACAGUCCGACAGGAAGAAGCUCAAUGAUGAGAACAAGAAAUUGGUGAAGGAAAACUCCUCACUGACCCUGCAGCUGGGAGAGAGCAAGAAGAUGGCUGAGGAGGAGAUCCUCAAGCGUGUGGAGGCCGAGAAUCAGCUGCAGACUGCUCGUGAGGAUCUUGACUUCAAGGAGAAGCUCUUCCAGAAGCAGAUGGUGGAGACUCACACUCAGCAGAAGCGUGAGAUCACGGAGAUUGACGGUCGAUUGGCUCAGGAGUACGAGGAGCGGUUGUACGCCAUGCUGCAGGAUGUGCGCAGGCAGUGCGAGGAGGAGCUGCGGCGCACCAAGGACGAGAGCAACGCUCUCUAUGAGGAGAAGAUUAACAGUUUGGAGCGACAACUGGACCGUAACAGCAACCAGGCGGCCAGUGCCAUAGAGGAGAUGCGCAAGAUGUCGGUGCGCCAAGAGGAGUGGCAGCGCAAGUUGUCUGACAUGGAGGCUGCCAAUGCUGCUCUCACGCUGCAAGUGCGUGACUUGGAGAAGCAGCUGGAGAAUGAGCGCAACCGACACAUGUUGGAGUCUUCCCGACAGGAACGUGAAUUGUCUCGCCUGCACGAAGAGAUGCAGCAGCGCAUGCAGGAAUACCAGGAUCUCAUGGACAUCAAGGUACAACUGGACCUGGAGAUAGCGGCCUAUCGCAAGCUCUUGGAGUCGGAGGAAGAGCGAUUGAACAUCACUCCAGUACAUGGUACGCCCGGGCGCCCGGCUAAUGUCUCCCGCUUGACCCCACUGCGCCGUGACACGCCAGCUCGCUCGGCCAAGCGCAAGCGCACUACUCUGCUGGAGGACAGUGAGACCAGCAGCCUCCAGGACUACACGAUCUCGUCCAGCUACAAGACUGACUUGGAGGUGGUGGAUGUUGAUCCUCAAGCCAAGUUUAUAAAGCUGCACAACAAAGGGAACAGGGAGCUGCUGGUGGGCAGGUGGCAAGUGAUGGCAAAGACCAGUGAUGAGUCAUGUUCAUUCAAGUUCCGAGCUAACUCCAAGGUGAAGGCAGGAGACACCGUGACUAUCUGGUCUCAGGACUCCGGACAAGACCAUGAGCCGCCCCACCACCUCGUCAUGUCGGGACAGCAGUGGACCGUGGCAGAUCAGAUGACCAUCCAGAUACUGAACCAGGCCGGAGACGAGGUGGGACUAGUGGAGAGGAAACGAACCCAGUUGUCUCUGAGCCGAUCCAGACAGAGUGGAACAGAGCUCUACCAUCAACAGGGCGACAGAGAGCAACCAGAAGAAAGGUGUGCCAUCAUGUAGACAAGUGCAAUCGUGCAUCAUUUAACUACACAGACUCAGUUUUAUUUGUUUCAAAAGGACUGGUUGCCGUUCAUGAAGAGGAGGCUGGACACGUUGUGGAUGUGAGGUGCUAUUGUUGUGUUCAACAGUUCCUGUUGUCAGUAGAUUACAAUACAUACAGUUCAUUUCAAA